GCGAUUCACAACUCUUCACACUGCAACACGUUUUCCGGUUUAGCUAAAAAUACUUUAUCGAAGGAAAUAAACAACUAAAACAAGAAUCCACGGGCCAUAGAAUAGCAAACAUGGUGAAAGCAAAGAUACGUAGUAAGAAGAAGGACUAUGUGAACAAGGCGAAUCAUAGUAUGAACCCUGAUCGUGCCAAGGGAGAAGGUGGUAACAACAUGAGAACCAAAGCUACAAUAAAAAGGCUCCAUAUGUACAAGAACUUCAAGGCAAAAAGAGAUAAGCAUGGGCAAAUUAUAAAGGCAGCACCAUUCCAGAACACACUGUCAUCAGGCACUGUUGCUAGAGUGGAGCCCAACAGGAAAUGGUUUGGUAAUACUCGAGUCGUCACACAGAACGCCCUUCAGACUUUUCAAGAGGAAAUGGGCAAAGUGAAAAGUGACCCGUACAAAGUAAUAAUGAAGCAGACACAAUUGCCAAUAUCUCUACUGAAUGAAUCGGCAAAACAUGCCAGAGUCCACCUCCUGGAUACUGAGUCAUUUGACAACACAUUUGGGCCAAAGUCCCAUAGGAAGAAGCCAAACCUCAAAGCAUCGGAUAUGGAGAGCCUGGCUAACUUAGUAGCAGAAUCAAAUGCUAAAUACAAUGUUGAUGGAGAUAAUGACCUAGUGACUGAGGACCUUGGAUAUAAGAUUGAAGCGCAAGAUUGGAUGUAUAAGGCUGGCCAGUCCAAGAGAAUCUGGAAUGAACUUUACAAGGUUAUCGACUCGUCAGAUGUAAUCAUACAAGUGCUGGAUGCCAGGGAUCCUAUGGGAACUAGGUGCAAGCAGGUGGAGAAUUACUUGAAGAAAGAGAAGUCUUUCAAACACCUUAUCUUUGUGCUGAAUAAGUGUGACUUGGUCCCUGUAUGGGUUACACAAAAGUGGGUUGCUCUGUUAUCAAAGGAGGUUCCAACUCUUGCCUUCCAUGCCAGCUUGACCAACCCAUUUGGCAAAGGUGCACUCAUACAACUACUUAGACAAUUUUCAAAGCUUCAAACAGACAAGAAACAAAUCAGUGUAGGAUUCAUUGGCUACCCAAAUGUGGGUAAAAGCUCUGUGAUCAACACGCUCAGGAAGAAGAAAGUCUGCCUAGUUGCCCCCAUAGCAGGACAGACCAAGGUUUGGCAGUACAUUACCCUGAUGAAACGUAUAUUCCUCAUAGAUUGUCCAGGAGUAGUUUAUCCUGCUGGAGACACAGAGACGGACAUUGUGCUUAAAGGCGUUGUGAGAGUGGAGAAUCUCAAGAUGCCAGAGGAGCACAUUGCUGAGGUCCUGGCACGUGUCAAGCCAGAAUAUGUCUUAAAAACAUAUGGCAUUACAGGAUGGAAGGACUCCGAUGAAUUCUUAGAACAGAUUGCUAAUAAAACAGGCAAACUGUUGAAAGGAGGACAGCCAGACCUAAACACUGUGGCGAAGAUGGUGCUGAAUGAUUGGCAGAGAGGCAAGAUUCCGUACUAUGUCAGACCCCCAGAUUCUGAAGAAACCAAAGAGGAGAGAGAAGAACGUGAGGGAAAAUUACAGAAAAAAGCAGAUGGUAAAACAGAUAACAAAGCUAACCAAUCAAAAGAUUCAAAAAAGAACAAACCCUCACAGAUUCAACAGGAUUUUAAUCGAAUCAGAGUUGAGCCGAAAUAUGAAGGAGAAGAUGCCAGAAAAGCAGAUCAGGUCAAAGUUAAAGCUACAGAUAAAAGUUUUGAAGUAGAACAUGAAGAUAUUGAUGAGGAUGAAGAUGAUGCUAGUGAUUAUGAAGCCAGUGAUGAUGACACUGAAGAUCAGGAUAUUGAAGUGAAUCGAAGUGAUGAAAAUAGUGAUGAAGAUAAUGAAUUAACAGCAAAGGAUGAACUUGAUUACAUUGAAAAUGAUGAGGUAAAUGAGGAAGAUAGUCAUGGCAGUGAUGAUUCUGAUGAUGAACUUGAAGAAAUGUUGGAUUCGCUUGUUGAUAGUAAAACAGAACAUUUAAAUGUGACUGUAGAAACUGUUGAUUUAGUUUCCCCUAAGGGUAAGAAAAGCAAACCUAAAGUACUUACCCCUUUCAAACAGCCUGAUGCUACCAUAUCUGAGAGUAAGGAUGGGUCAUUCCACGAGGCAAAGGUUAACAAAUACAAGAUGGGGGGUACCAAAAGUCCAUUUGUUAUGUUUGCACAGGGCAUCAGAAGUCCACCUCCUGGCAACCAUCAAGGUGGUUUUGCUGAGUAUUCUGUGAAUGAUACUCCAGAGUUGAUGUCAGUUGAAAUGACACCACAAAAUGACACUUUGACACCAAGCUCCAGCAAUGCAGCAAGUAAAGCUAACAAAAAAGCUAAGAGGAAGUUAAUUGCUGACGAAGAAGAGAAAACUAAGAAGUCACCUAAACUUAACUCCAAACAGAAACGAAAACUUGAACGUGAAGGGAAGAAUAAGAAGAUUGGCAAACAUUUCUACGAAUCAGCAAAUGUGAAGAAUCGACGCAAUCGCUGAUGAAAAAAAUAUUUUAAUAUUUUGGAGGAAUUUGGAGUUUUGUGUAUGAUAGUCAAUAUAAAGUAAAAAUAUUGCAGAAAACAAACCUCAAUAAACAUAAAGGAAAUUAAAGAACACUCAAUGUGUAGAAAUUAAAUAAAAGAACACUCAUGAUUCAAAGAGGAAAUUAGGGAACACUUGUUAUUCAGAAAUGAAAUGUAAGAUUAAGAACAUUCAAGGUAGAGAAUGCAAAUAAAAGACCACUGACUGUACAGAAAGAAAAUUAUAGCAAACCCAAUUAGAGUAGGAACAAUUAGAUAACCCAAACUGUUCAGAAGACUUUUACAGGCCACUACUACCAAAAUAUUUAUUUAUACUGUAUAUUAUAAUGAUUGUUCAUCUGUCAGUAUGUUUGUCCAAGCAAUAACUUUAAUACCAAUUCAUAGGUUUGGUUCAACGUUUAAAGGUUGAUACCUUAUGGGCAUAGGACCUCUGCUGAAUAUUAAAUGGCCGCCAUUUUUUAUGUCCCUACCACAUAGUGUAGGGCCAUAUUGUCAGCCAAGGUGAGUCUCUGUCCAAGUCCAUCCAUCUGUCUGUACAUGUGACAGUUUUCUGCUACAGGUAUCUGAUAUCACCCUCAACCCUCAAAUGUUUAGGGUGUACAUACAUAUGCAGUAGAAAAAUUGGGUUAAUCAGAAAUUUUUAGAGAUGUUUCUUGGUAUGAAACUUUACAACGCAUUAGUUCUUGGACAUUCUAGGUAAAUGUAAGGUACCCAUUUUGGACUUCCUAUCCUAAAAUUUAAGAUCGUCUCCAUGUUUCCAAGCCAAACCAUAAUGGAUUGCUCUGAAAUUCAUAGGGAUGUUUCCUGUUAUAAAACUUAACAACUGAUGAUGUUGCCAUGGUGCAACCCCUAGUUUGAAUCCAUUGAUUUCUUAUAUCAUGAAUGACCUGAAACAUAAACUCUUGGCUCCUAACAGUAAAAAUAAAUGGUUCAGAUGUUUCCCUUUUAAUAAAAGACUCAUAGAUAUUUCAGAGUAGAUCAUAUAAUUUUUUGCACUUUUUAUUCUAGUCUUGAAAAAUUUCGCAACCUAAUGCAGGCAUUUGCAAUAAUUUGAGAUCUUUGCAAAGUUAGGCUACAAUUAAUAUACGAAAUCAAGGUGUUCUUGAAAAGAUCAUCUCUCUUAUUUGUUCCUUGGAAUUUUUAGUUUGGCAGUAGGGAAAUGUACAUACUUUUGUUGAACAUCGUAAUUAUUACCAUGUAUGUAUGUCUUUAUUGAAAAUAGGAAAUAAAUGAUUAUAAGAAUCCAU